UUUAAAAGUGGCCGUUUCAAUUAGAAAUAGAAUUUUUCAACAAAUUAAUGAUUGCAAAUUAUAAGUGAGCAUAAGAGUAUGCCAAUAGUUCUUGGAAUAAAUGAAUGAAUCCGAGAAGAAUACAAUUCAGCCCACCCACUUGUUAAGUUACAAGUUACAAACAAACUCGGGAAUGCGGAAUUCAUCAUCCGUCCAGUGCAUUUGGACCGGCGCAGGCCUUGAGAAUCGGGCUCCAUACCCACUGGACCAUGAACUUCCGGCCCAUUACCCCCCUCAUAUUGUACGUACUCCCCUUCUGGUCCCUCAUAACCUGCCCGAUGUACCCGCCGCCGCCGCCGGUGCCGUACAACCCCUCGCACAGAUCCCCAAUCUCCGUCGGCGCCGUAGGGUCGUCUCCGGCGUACCACGCGUUCACCAGUGGGUUCGAUGAAAGCUCCGCCAGCUCGUGCGCUAUCACGCUGAUCAUCCCGUCCACACCCACGUCCCCGUUCGGAGCGGUCAACGCGGCCGGCCCGGCGGCCCCCAUGUACCCGGGUACGGAAAACGGGUAGGCGCAAACUUCGGGGCACUGCUUGCCGGAGUUCCCGAUCCAAGCGUAGGGCAGAGUGUAUCCCACCUUGGAAGCGAAGGUGAAGUAAUGGAAUCCGCAAACCGCCCUGCAGAAAUCCUGCACAGUGACGUCGACGGAGGUGAGGACAAGGUAGAUCCCGUUUUUGUGGUCGAUCGAGAAGGGCUUGGAUCGGACCGCCUCUGCAAUGACGUCCUGAAUGGAGAGACGGGUGAGGUGGUGGCCCUGGGAGUAGCGGUGGUCGGAGUACUCGUCGGCGAUGCGGACGGAGCGGGAUAUGUUUGCACCGGUCUGGUCGGCGUAGAGAGUGACGGUGGCCCACCACUCGGAGACGGAGGGGGAGGGGGGGUUGAAGGCGGAGAUGGAGCGGAGGAAGUCUUUGAUGAUGAGCUGCUGGGAGGGGGCCCAGCUUCCGUACCAGACAAGAUAGAUGUUAAUCGGAGAUGAAAGGACUGGGCCCAUGUGGUACCGGAGGUUGACGAGGUCCGAGGAACCCUCGUACUUGUUGGACACCGUGAAUGCUCGGAGCGGAAGCUUUGGAUUUGAAAUCCCAUCCGCUAGUGGGAGAGCUUGAAUGGUGGUGCCGCUUGAAGCGUGGGCAGAGGUGGACAGGAUCGGAUAGGCCGACACAGCUAAGAAGAAGGAGAAGAAGAAGAAGGACGCUGCAAUGUUACUGGUGGUCAUAACGCCGCCGCCUGCACGAUGCGAAAGAGGUGAAAGGUGGUGGUUUGGGGUGAGAGCAGUGGUUGGUGGGUAUAUAAGGUGGCAGCUGGGAUCGAUGAUAUAUCCGUCGUGGGGACUCGGCUGGCUCCAGCUAUAUAAUUAAACCAUUUUCUCUUCCAAUCCAAACAGCUCUGUGAACUAACUUGAGGGUUGAAAUCAUAUGUGCGUGCAUUCAUUGGGAUGAAAAUAUCCUAUUUCUACUAUUCACCCUCAACAUUGAAAUAAUGAAAUUUUGAAAAAUUCUUUGCAUUAUA